AUGGGGGAGACGAAAAUUAUUUAUCACAUCGACGACGAGGAUACCCCGUAUUUGAUAAAGCUUCCAAUCCAUGCGGAUUUAGUGACUUUAGGCGAUUUCAAAAAUGCUUUGAAUCGACCAAAUUAUAAGUUUUUCUUCAAAUCUAUGGAUGAUGAUUUUGGGGUGGUAAAAGAAGAGAUUAUUGAUGAUGAUGCCAGAUUACCAUGUUUCAAUGGCAGAGUGGUUUCUUGGUUGGUGCCAGCAGAUACUUCAGACACCCAAUCCCAAUGUACAGAUUCACAGGCUGGAGAUGUGGUACAGCUACCAGCUGAACGUCUAGGUGGCAUUGGUGAUAGCAGACCUCCCUCUUUUCAUGCGAAUGCGUCAGUUGGAAGUCGAGAUGAAACCUGUGAUACAUGUACAGAAACUGAAUCAGUUAUUAGUGCUCGUAGAGCAAAACAUCGAGAACUUCGUCAUGCUUAUCAUGAUAAUUCUACUGUAUUUAGUAGUGAUUUAGAAUCUACCAGUUUCUUUGAUUCAGAAGAUGAUGGAAGAAAUUCAACAGUCACGGAUACUACCAACCCCUCGUCAAAAUAUGGUCGUCAAAAACGACGGAGACGGAGACAUCGGCCUCCCCCAAUUAGUCGGGCCUCCUCAUUCAGCAGUAUAACAGAUUCCACCAUGUCUCUUAAUAUUAUUACAGUAGUUUUAAAUAUGGAUACAGUCAAUUUUCUAGGAAUAAGUAUAGUAGGUCAGAGUAACAAAGGAGGAGAUGGGGGUAUUUAUGUUGGUUCCAUCAUGAAAGGUGGAGCUGUGGCCCAAGAUGGUCGAAUUGAACCAGGUGAUAUGAUAUUAGAAGUGAAUAAUGUUAGCUUUGAAAAUAUGAGUAAUGAUGACGCUGUGAGAACUUUACGAGAAGCUGUCCAAAAACCAGGGCCCAUCACCUUAGUUGUUGCCAAAUGUUGGGAUCCAAACCCUAAAGGAUAUUUUACCGUACCCAGACAAGAACCAGUGAGACCUAUAGACCCGUCGGCCUGGGUGGCACAUACGACGGCUUUACGAGAACAAUAUAUGGGGGGUGGAUUUGAUGACCUUAACCUUACAAUAAAUACUGAUAUGGAAACGGUUGUCAAGGCGAUGGCUCAACCAGAAUCUGGCUUAGAAAUACGAGACAGAAUGUGGCUCAAAAUAACUAUACCAAAUGCUUUUAUAGGUGCUGAUUUAGUAGAUUGGUUAUUUACGCAUGUGGAAGGUUUUGCCGACCGACGAGAUGCGAGGAAAUACGCAUGUAAUUUAUUAAAAGCUAAUUAUAUUCGCCAUACUGUAAAUAAAUUAACCUUCUCGGAACAAUGUUACUAUGUCUUCGGUGACUUGAGAGAUUUAACCUCAUUAAGUUUAGAAGAUGUCGACUCAGUAUCAGAGGCUGAUCGCGAUACGCUAGCCCCCUUACCACCGCCCUCCUGGAACAACCAAUAUCCAUACAGUAGUUCCAACUAUUUACCACAGAAUUUAAGUUAUAUACCACCUUAUAGUUAUACCAGCACGGAUAAUACCAGUUAUAUUGGUAGCUUCGUGGAUGGAGGCCCUGGUAGUGCUGGUAGUGUUCAUAGUGCUUCUGGUAGCAGUGCCUCUGGAAGUAGUAAAAAAGAAAAAAUGAAGGGUGAUCGCAAAUCAUCGAGUCCAAUGGGGAGCGGAGGGAGUGAUACAGAGACUGCCAGUUUAGCUAGUGCCCGUCGUGGUGCCCCUAGUGAACAAAGUUUACCCCCUCCCCCAGGCGGAAAUCUCAGUAAUAUCCCUCAAGAACUCUCUGCCAGUCGACAGUCUUUCAAAAUGGCCAUGGGAAAUCCUUGUGAGUUUUUUGUUGAUGUUAUGUAA